AGGAUCGACUUCACCCUGAUGAGCGGCUCCAUGUUGGUGCUGUGUCUAGUGCUUCUGCUUUUCGGCGUGCUGGCGGCGGUGAGCCCGCAGCCCGCGCUGCAGCGGCUGUACUGCGCGCUGGGCGUGCUGGUGACGGGCGUGUUCCUGGUGUACGACACGCAGCUGAUGGUGGGCGGCGGCCACCGCUACGCCUUCUCGCCCGAGGAGUACGCGUUCGCGGCGCUCACGCUGUACCUCGACAUCGUGUACAUCUUCGUCCGCGUGCUGCGGCUGCUGCGCUAA